UUCCCUUCUGACGUCACGCUCCUUGACACGCCCUUCGCGGAAGUGUGGCUCUCCGCCGGCCCGCGCAUGCGCAGUGCCUUUCUCCCCUCAGCUCGCCUCGGAAGAUGGUGCUCGUCAAGGAAUUUCGCGUGGUGCUGCCUUGCUCCGUCCAAGAGUACCAGGUGGGCCAGCUGUACUCGGUGGCGGAGGCCAGCAAGAACGAGACGGGCGGCGGGGAGGGCAUCCAGGUCUUGACGAACGAGCCCUACGAGAACGACGGGGAGAAAGGGCAGUUCACACACAAGAUCUACCACCUCAAGAGCAAAGUCCCUGGCUUUGUCCGGAUGUUUGCUCCGGAAGGUUCUCUGGUUUUCCAUGAAAAGGCCUGGAAUGCCUAUCCCUAUUGCCGGACCAUUGUAACAAACGAAUACAUGAAGGAGGAUUUCUUCAUCAAGAUCGAAACGUGGCACAAACCCGAUUUGGGCACCUCGGAAAACGUCCAUGACCUGGACCCGAACGCCUGGAAAGGGGUUGAGGUCAUCCACAUCGACAUCGCUGACCGGGGUCAAGUCGAGCCUGGGGACUACAAAGCAGAGGAAGACCCGGCUUUAUUCCAAUCGGUCAAGACACAGAGGGGACCCCUGGGACCUGACUGGAAGAAAGAGCUGGCGGCCAAUGAGGAGUGUCCCAAAAUGUGCGCAUACAAGUUGGUGACCAUUAAAUUCAGAUGGUGGGGAUUGCAGAACAAGAUAGAAAAUUUCAUCCAGAAGCAAGAGAAGCGGAUAUUCACCAAUUUCCACCGACAGCUCUUCUGCUGGAUUGACAGGUGGAUUGAUUUGACAAUGGAAGACAUUCGGAGGAUGGAGGACGAGACACAAAGAGAGCUCGAGGCGCUGCGGAAUCAGGGGGAAGUGCGGGGGACGAGCGCUGCCAACGACGAGUGACUUCCUGUUUCCUGUCGAGGGAGGGACUUCCUGUUUCAAAAGAAGGCGGGGCUAGGGAAGCUCCGCCCCUUUUCCCAUCACAAAGAAAGGAAAAAAAAAGACUCUUUUGAAAAAGAAGAAGAAAUAAUGAUGGACCAAUUUGUUUCUCUCUUCGUUAGUUGAUUUAUGUAAUAUUUUUCCCAAUUUAAUUCCCAGAUUUAAUUCUAAUUUAAUUCCCAAAUUUAAUUCCAAUUUAUUCACCAAUUUAAUUUGUUUCUCUCUUCGUUAGUUGAUUUAUGUAAUAUUUUUCCCAAUUUAAUUCCCAGAUUUAAUUCUAAUUUAAUUCCCAAAUUUAAUUCCAAUUUAUUCACCAAUUUAAUUUGUUUCUCUCUUCGUUAGUUGAUUUAUGUAAUAUUUUUCCCAAUUUAAUUCCCAGAUUUAAUUCUAAUUUAAUUCCCAAAUUUAAUUCUAAUUUAUUCACCAAUUUAAUUCCAUUUUAUUAACAAAUUUAAUUCCCAAAUUUAAUUCCAAUUUAUUCACCAAUUUAAUUUGUUUCUCUCUUCGUUAGUUGAUUUACGUAAUAUUUUUCCCAAUUUAAUUCCCAGAUUUAAUUCUAAUUUAAUUCCCAAAUUUAAUUCCAAUUUAUUCACCAAUUUAAUUUGUUUCUCUCUUCAUUAGUUGAUUUAUGUAAUAUUUUUCCCAAUUUAAUUCCCAGAUUUAAUUCUAAUUUAAUUCCCAAAUUUAAUUCCAAUUUAUUCACCAAUUUAAUUUGUUUCUCUCUUUGUUAGUUGAUUUAUGUAAUAUUUUUCCCAAUUUAAUUCCCAGAUUUAAUUCUAAUUUAAUUCCCAAAUUUAAUUCUAAUUUAUUCACCAAUUUAAUUCCAUUUUAUUAACAAAUUUAAUUCCCAAAUUUAAUUCCAAUUUAUUCACCAAUUUAAUUUGUUUCUUCGUUAGUUGAUUUAUUUAAUAUUUUUCCCAAUUUAAUUCCCAGAUUUAAUUCUAAUUUAUUCACCAAUUUAAUUCCAUUUUAUUAACAAAUUUAAUUCCCAAAUUUAAUUCCAAUUUAUUCACCAAUUUAAUUUGUUUCUCUCUUCGUUAGUUGAUUUAUGUAAUAUUUUCCCAGAUUUAAUUCUAAUUUAAUUCCCAGAUUUAAUUCUAAUUUAAUUCCCAAAUUUAAUUCUAAUUUAUUCACCAAUUUAAUUCCCAAAUUUAAUUCCAAUAUAUUCACCAAUUUAAUUCCCAAAUUUAAUUCCAAUUUAUUAACAAAUUUAAUUCCAAUUUAUUCACCAAUUUAAUUCCCAAAUUUAAUUCCAAUUUGUGAAUUAAAUUGGAAUUAAAAUUUGGAAUUAAAUUGGAAAAUAAAUUAAAUUUGGAGUGAUAAUUUAUUGGUGUUUACAGUUCUACCUUGGAAUUUAGAUUUGGAAUUUAUUACAGAAUUAAAUUAAACGGGAAUUUAAAUUUGGAAUUUAUUACAGAAUUAAAUUAAAUGGGAAUUUUGGAAUUUAUUACAGAAGUAAAUGGGAAUUUAAAUUUGGAAUUUAUUGCAGAAUUAAAUAGAAAUUAAAAUUUGGAAUUUUUUACAGAAUUAAAUUAAAUGGGAAUUUAUAUUUGUAAUUUAUUUAAAUUAAAUUAAAUAGGAACUUAAAUGUGGAAUUUAUUACAGAAUUAAAUUGAACGGGAAUUUAAUUUUGGAAUUUAUUACAGAAUUAAAUUAAAUGUGAAUUUAAAUGUGGAAUUUAUUACAGAAUUAAAUUAAAUGGGAAUUAAAAUUUGGAAUUUAUUGCAGAAUUAAAAUUUGGAAUUUAUUACAGAAUUAAAUUAAAUGGGAAUUCAAAUUUGGAAUUUAUGGCAGAAUUAAAAUUUGGAAUUUAUUACAGAAUUAAAUUAAAUGGGAAUUCAAAUUUGGAAUUUAUGGCGGAAUUAAAAUUUGGAAUUUAUUACAGAAUUAAAUUAAAUGGGAAUUAAAAUUUGGAAUUUAUGGCAGAAUUAAAAUUUGGAAUUUAUUACAGAAUUAAAUUAAAUGGGGAUUUAUAUUUGGAAUUGAAUAGAUUUUGGAAUUCAAUCUGGAAAUUUAGUACAGAAUUAAAUUCAACGGGAAUUUGAAUGGGAAAAUAUUACUUAAAUUAUUAUUCUAAAAAUUCGUAAUUAAUUGGGAAAACACACGAGUCGUUAGCCAUGUUUGCGAUUAUUGUUAAUUAAUAUUAAUGACGAAGAUGUCGAAUUUUCGGGGAAAAAGGGACGGAUUUACAUGGAAAAUUAUUCUGAAAUUAUAUUGUCCUCUGAAUAAACUUGUAUAUAUUCAA